GCUUGCUCAAAUGGUGUUGACCAUUCCCACAGCACCAUUUACAGGAAUAAUACUCUACAGUAUUUUUUGCACAUCUGCAACAACAGCGGGAGCUAUUGUCGGUGGUGUGACGUCACUCUUGUUUUACAUUUGGAUGGCCAUCGGUAAUAUCGUGGUCAGUCCCCCGUCUGUUGAGAAGAAGCUUCCCCCGGCUCCAGUAGACCAGUGUAUAAGCAACUCCUCUAUGUUAGGCAGCCUAGCAUCUUCUAACAUUAGUAGCUUGAACUCCAGUCUUACAGGCAGCACAGUACCUUAUACCUUAGAAGGUUUCAAUAAGAUUUACACCUUAUCCUUUCAAUGGUUUGACGUCAUCGCAAUUUUCCUUGUGAUUGUAAUUGGUCUGAUUGUUAGCAGAAUCGUAGGAGCUCCAAAAGAAGAGGAAGUAGACGCAAGAUAUGUUUUGAGUUUUACUGAACAAUUUUUUCCAUAUUUACCAGAAAAAGUAAAACAUUUUCUUUCCUGUGGAUCAACAAUAGCAAAGAGGCGCAAACAAAUUCAAGCGGAAGAACGCCAAGAUAAUCAGCAAAUUUUGAUAGACGAAAAAUCCAGUGUAAAUGGACCUAACGAUAGUUGACAGAGCUGUAAGAAGAGUGGAUGGGACUACGGGAAUGGGGCAUUAAACAACCAAUUCAUACCACAGUGUUCAUGAAUUCUUUAGUUUUAUGUCACCUCAAAUAUCAAAAGAUGUGUUUUAUGUGUAAAAUGUAAACAAUAAUUCACGGUUUAAAUGGUAUAUACAUGUAGUAUGUGUAUUUACAUGUACAUUUUAAAGUACAUGUAGGUAUACAGGCUG